AUGCUCAACACAAGGCAGAACGUGAUGAACGAGAUUGGGAAGAUGUUCAAGCCGAAGCGGGAGGAGCAGGCAGGGCUCAGGCAGGGAGGCCUCGCGCUGCUGCUGAGCACCAAGUCCUUCCCCAGCCACACCAUCCGCCACGUGACGUCCCCGAAAGGCAUGGAGGGCAGGCUGGGCGCGGUGCGGUGCAGAGGAAAAGUCAUUGAUAUGACCUUCGUUGUAG